UGAGUGUAUUUUUUCAUAAGGGUAAUAAAACCGCGCGCCAUUAGACGUGAAUAAGAAAUAAGACUCGUAAAAGGGAUUUGAAAGAGACACUUUUUUCCGCUCGUAGCUCCGACUGCGUGCCGUGUCGGCGGCAUCGUGACGACCGUGUAUCGAUCGUCCACCGUAUUUAACGCGUCCACCCCGACUACCUGACUACCUGACGCGGUCCAUGUGCUAUGUCUGAAGCGUAGAUUAUUUUCUGAUUGGCCAACCGGUCACUUCCACUCCAGAUACUGGUGGAACAAAUAAGAAUCGGGUCUACUUAAAUCGGAGGGACAGUCGUGCAAACGCCAUACCGCCGUAAAUAACGCCACCGCGACGUGCGAGGCCUGACAUUGGACCCGUUGGACAUGGCGCAGCUGGCAAACAACGACCCACGAUCGUUUUCGGUAACGGUACUGUCGAGAUUCAAUAUUGACGUUAAGGGAACGUUCGACUACGACAAGUUCCGAGUGCUUUGCGGCCGGUUGUUCGGCGCGGACGAGGUCGGGGAGCACGAGUGGAGGGCACGAGAGGUCUUCGAGCUGUUCGACGCAAACGCGGACGGCGCAUUGAACGACCAGGAAUUGUAUAGAUGUUGCAAGUGGAUAAAUGAGACUAUAAAUCCCGUCAAUGUUUUGCUAGUCGUCGAUGUACAGAAUGAUUUCAUCGAUGGCGCGCUGGCACUUAGAAAAUGCGGCCACGGACAGGAAGGGUUGGAAGUGAUACAACCAAUUAAUCGGAUUCUGAGGGAUGGCCGUUGGGACAAAGUGGUAUAUACGCAUGAUUGGCAUCCCGAGGACCACAUCAGUUUCUUUGACAAUUUAGCCUUGCGUGAACUCCACCCGGAAUCUAAGGUCACUAAGGAAAAGGCAAAGCUCUUCGACACGGUUGUUUUCUUGCAACCUCACUUAACACAAGUACUCUGGCCAAGACACUGCGUUAAGAACACUUGGGGUGCUGAAUUGCAUAAAGAUCUGCUGAUAUUGCCUUCUUCCGAACGGAUAUAUAAAGGUCAGCAGUCAGACAAGGAGGUGUAUUCAGCGUUUGAGAAAGAUACAGAUGAUUCCAAGCCAGCGGAACUCGUAAAAAUUUUGACAGCCGCUGGCGCCACACACUUGUACGUCUGCGGUCUCGCCUAUGACGUAUGCGUGAAGCAUACGUGUUUAGGUGGCUUGCGGUUGGGUUAUCGGCUGGCCGUGAUUGAUGAUUGCUGUCGCGGCGUCAAACCCGAUGGUGUAACAGUUGCAAAAAAAUUAAUUACCGAAAAUGGCGGCCUAGUGACGCACACCGAUCGCGUUCUGUCCUUGGUAAACGAAGGCAAGCGUAGCCUGGUGAUGGCACAUCACGCCGCGAAGUUUAUGAAGUAACGAGAAUCUCGUAUACGA